AUGCUUCUCCCCAGCGAAGGAAAACCUCUCGACAUAGAAUAUGCAGACCAAAUGCGCUCCCACCCCUACGGCACAGCCCUAUACAACCCCCAACCGCACAACAUCUUCCACCCAGGAAUGGUAGGUUACUUCGACAGAGACGGCAACUGGAACCCGAUCAUCGAUCUAUCCAAGCAACCAGAUCCUACCUCACCUACAUCCACGACUACUCUAAAACCCCCACCGACCCUCCCACCCCUCGCAACACCGGAACAUCAAACUUGGGGCCCAAAACUAGGCCUAAAAACCCACAGCCACCAAAUAAACCUACAAGCAGGCCUGUCCCAGACCCUCCUCGCAAUAGCCGGCGCACCAAUAAGUCUAUCUUCGCAUUUCCGCUUCGAAAGCGAGGAAUCUAGCGGUGCGGUGCUUGUUACUAGUGCGCCAAUUGUACACGAGCGUUUCUACCAUGAAACACCGUUUAAGGCAUGGGUUGUUGCCAAUGCGGGGAGGUUACUUGCUGAACGGGGCGAGUUGAGGGAAUGUGCGUUGUGGGUUGUUACUAGUACGUGGGCUGCGGAGGAGGUUGCUGUUAAUUGUUGGAGGAAUUGUAGGAAGGCUGUUGACGUGGGCUUUCAGGUUGGGGUUGUUGAGGUUGGGGAGGUUGCGCCUACGGGGACUUGGGUUGAUUGUGGUGCUGCGGCGGGUUGGUUGAGGGCUAGAGGGGAUGAUAAUUCAGGGGGAAGAAGGGUGGUGUUCUUUGGGGGUCUUAGGUUUAAGUAUAGGCCUGUUAUUGGGGGACUCGGCUCGCAGAAUAAACGGAACACAUUUCGUGGAGAUGAUACAGGGAAAGAGACUGUGGCAACCACACUAACAUCCGAUGAUGGCAUGGAGUAUGAUCUUUCUUGUGAAGAGGUUCUUGAAGAUAGGACUUUGCGCCCGCGGGAAAACACCGCGGGAUCUGGGGAUAGUGAGGAUUAUGAUGAUCAGGAUGAUCAGGCGGAGGAUGAAUCAGACGAUGACUGGUGA